AUGAUCAUCUACUCACUUUAGUUGAUGAGAUGAAUUUUUUUCUCUCUCCAUUCAUUUGACUGAUCGAAAUUCAUUGGAACAGUUGAUCGGUGUUCGAUUAUAUUUUUGUUAUUCUAUUUGUGGGUCAGUUGGAUUGUUUUCUUCUUCAAGUGAACAUUUAAAUUCUUGUUUCACUUUUCUUCCUCAUCUUCAUUUCCUCUCUUUCUUUUCCUCUUUCUUUCUCUUGUUUACAUUGAUUAUCUUCCCUCACGUACACCAUUCACUCUCUCUCUCUCUCUCUCUCUCUGUUUUGUUUCCUUGUUCUCGCUGAUUCUCAUCAUGUUUAAAUCGGUUCAACGUCUUAAUCCACUUCAUCGACAGAUCAUCCAACGGAUUAACUUCAAUGGACCUUUGACCAUCGCUGAUUACAUGAAAUUAGUUUUAACUUGUCCAUCAAGUGGUUUUUAUAUGAAACAGGAUGUGUUCGGGCGAUCAGGCCACUUUAUUACAUCUCCCGAAAUAUCGCAAAUCUUUGGAGAGCUGAUUGCUGUUUGGUUCAUCAAUGAAUGGCAACGUUUCAAUAGUAGUCGACCUUUGAGAAUCGUUGAAUUAGGACCUGGCAGAGGAACUUUGGCCUCGGACAUUUCCCGUGUUCUUAAUCAGUUCAGUUUCGUUCGAGAUCAAGCAUCACUUCACCUUGUUGAAAUCUCACCCCACCUCGUUCAGAUUCAAGAACAACAUCUAUGUGGAAAUGUCUCCGUUCUUGGUAAAGAUAAUUUCACCCGACACGAUUCACAAACUAAAUUAGGUUUACCAAUAACCUGGUAUCGGUCAUUAGAUCAAGUACCCGAAGCUCCAGGUUUUACCGUUUACAUUGCACACGAAUUUUUGGACGCAUUGCCGAUUCACAAAUUCCAGAAAAACGAAGCUGGUGAAUGGCGAGAGGUUCUUGUCGAUAUCAACGCCAAUGAGGAGCUUCGUUAUGUCCUCUCUCGACAUCCAACUCCAGCCAGUAAACUUUUGAUUACUCAAAAUCACCAUGACUUAAACCUUGACCAUCUAGAGAUUUGCCCUGAGGCUGCAUUGGUGGUGGAAAAUAUCAGUAAACGUUUAAAUAACAACGAUGGUUGUGCUCUUAUCUGUGAUUAUGGUUACGAUGAGAAUGACACCAAAUCUCGUGACACAUUCAGAGCUUUUCGUGACCACAAUCAAUGGGAUCCACUGAAAGAACCAGGGUCAGCUGAUUUAACGGCUGAUGUUGACUUUGGUUACCUAAAGAGACACGUUGCCGAUCAAUCUCAUUUCUAUGGUCCAAUUGAUCAGAAAAGUUUCCUUGAAAAUUUAGGAAUCGGUGUUCGACUCGCUAUGCUAUUGAAAACCGCCGAUGAGAAACAAAAGGAAGAUCUUGUUUCGGGAGUUCGUAUGAUUCUGGAUGACAUGGGGCCGAGAUUCAAAUUCAUGUCCAUGUUUCCAAGAUACUCUAAGCAUCUAUUCAAAACUGACCCACCGGGAUUCUCGUCCGUCUACAAAUCGCCCAUCUAAUUGUUGAAAUUUUGUAGUCCCAUUGUUGCGAUUACAAAAGUGCCAUUGAUUAGUAUCUAUUUUUUAAUCGACUUUUGUUUCCUUGUGAUAGUUUGUCCUCGAGCUUAAUAUAAAUUGUGGAAAAAAGAUCCUAUGUAAAUGACGUUUUCGACUUUUUCUUGACUCUAAUUCACUUUUCAAGUUCGAGAAUUUUUGUCUUCGAUCUUUCUAUGUAAUUAAUUAGUGAAAUUGUCUCUACAAAUCUUAUUGAUUAGAAAACAAUCCAUUUCCUUUUUCA